AUGGCUCUCCCACUCUACUCAUCUCACUCUCAUUCCCACGCCCCCAUGCUUUCCUUCUCCAACCAUCUCAGUAUUCCUUUCCCCCCCCCCUCCCUCUCCCUCUGCCUCUGCCUCUCCCUCUCCCUCUCCCUCUGCCUCUCCCUCUCCCUCUCCCUCUCCCUCUCCCUCUCCCUCUCCCUCUCCCUCUCCCUCUCCCUUUCCUUCUCCCUCUCUAUCCUCCAACGUUCCGAUGCUUGUUGGCCUUUCCCUCCUCCCUCUUUCUCUCCCUUCAACUCGUCUGCUUCUCUUUUCCCCCCCGCUACUCCUGGCUUCACUCCCUUCCCCCUGCUUCCACUCUCCAUCAUUCUCUCCCUACAGUCCGCCUGCUUCUCUUUUCCCCUGCCACUUCUCCUUAAAUCGCGCACCUUCCUCCUUCCGUUCCCUAUCUUUCUCUCCCUUUAUUCCUCGCCUCCCACUUUUCCUUCCCUUCCCUUGCCCCAUCCCCUUCCCUCGCUCCAUCCCCCUCCUCGCCCCAGUCCAUCCCCCCCCUCGCCCCAGUCCAUCCCCCCGCGCCAUCCCCUUCCCUCGUGUUCUUUCUCCUCGCCCCAUUCUGUUCCCUCUUCUCUAUCACUCCCCUUACUCACACCAGCUGCUUUCUCUUUCUUCCCUGAAUUCACUCAUCUGGCACUUACACACCCACAUACCUACCCACAUGCGGUACCACCCUCUAUAUAG